ACUAGCUGUAGCAUCUUGAGGCUGGCGUGUGGCUCGCGGCUGCCAUAGCGUCUCCAUCAACUAGACGAAGAGGGAGGGAAAAAAAGAAAAACACAAGCGACUGCACACGCAUGCCGCGGCGACAACCCGAGGGGAGCUAGUCGGGGGCUAGACGGGGCUCGGGGGACGCGGGCGAGAGGAAACGGGGACGACUGGUAGCAGCAGCAGCAGCAGUGUAGCAGCAGCAGUAGCAGCAGCGGCACCAUGGCGCAAGCCGCCAAGCAGCUCCGCAAGACCAAGGACCUCGCCGAGGCCGCCGCCCAGGAGCAGCGGGAGAAGGAGGAGGAGAAGAUCAAAAAGAGGAAUCGAUCCAGGGACCGCAGGCGCAAGGCCGACGCUGCCACCAGUUUUCUUCGUGCAGCUCGUUCGGGCAACCUGGACAAAGCUCUGGAUCACAUCAAAAAUGGACUGGACAUCAAUAUAGCUAAUCAAAAUGGUCUAAAUGGGUUACAUCUGGCCUCUAAAGAGGGUCACGUGAAAAUGGUCCUGGAGCUCCUCCACUCAGGCAUCGAACUGGAGGCCACCACCAAGAAAGGCAACACUGCUCUCCAUAUCGCAGCGCUGGCGGGCCAGGAGAAAGUGGUGGCCGAGCUCGUCAAUUACGGAGCCAACAUUAAUGCGCAGUCACAUAAAGGGUUCAGUCCGCUCUACAUGGCAGCACAGGAGAACCACCUAGAGGUAGUCAAGUUCCUGCUCGAGAACGGCGCCAAUCAGAGUCUCCCCACCGAGGAUGGUUUCACUCCUCUGGCAGUGGCCCUGCAGCAGGGCCAUGAAAAUGUUGUAGCACUGCUCAUCAACUAUGGCACCAAAGGCAAGGUCCGCCUCCCCGCACUGCACAUCGCCGCCCGAAAUGAUGACACGCGUACCGCCGCUGUGCUCCUGCAGAAUGACCCGAAUCCUGAUGUUCUCAGCAAGACUGGUUUCACCCCACUACAUAUCGCAGCGCACUACGAGAAUAUGAGCGUAGCCCAGCUGCUGCUCAACAGAGGAGCCAACGUAAAUUUCACUCCGAAGAAUGGCAUCACGCCACUCCAUAUCGCCUCCAGGAGGGGAAAUAUGAUGAUGGUCCGACUCCUGCUGGACAGAGGGGCCCAGAUAGAUGCCAAAACCAAGGAUGAAUUGACUCCACUCCACUGUGCAGCCAGAAAUGGACACGUUCGCAUCAUUGAGAUCCUGCUGGAACACGGUGCUCCCAUCCAAGCUAAAACCAAGAACGGUCUGUCCCCCAUCCACAUGGCAGCUCAGGGGGAUCACAUGGACUGCGUGAAACAGCUACUCCAGUACAACGCCGAGAUCGACGACAUCACGCUGGAUCAUUUGACCCCUCUUCAUGUAGCAGCCCACUGCGGUCACCAUCGCAUGGCCAAAGUUCUUCUCGACAAGGGGGCAAAGGCCAACGCUCGAGCUUUGAAUGGCUUCACACCACUCCACAUCGCAUGCAAGAAGAACCACAUGCGGUCUAUGGACUUGCUGCUCAAACACUCUGCUUCCUUAGAAGCCGUCACAGAGUCUGGCCUCACUCCUCUCCAUGUAGCAGCUUUCAUGGGUCACUUGAACAUAGCAAAAAACCUGCUCCAGCGAGGGGCUUCACCUAAUGCUUCUAAUGUGAAGGUGGAGACCCCCCUCCACAUGGCCUCGAGAGCAGGACACUGUGAAGUUGCCCAGUUUUUGCUGCAGAAUUCAGCACAAGUGGAUGCCAAGGCGAAGGACGACCAGACCCCCCUUCACUGUGCCGCCCGGAUGGGUCACAAGGAGCUGGUCAAGCUGCUUCUUGAGCACAAGGCCAACCCUGACUCGUCCACAACGGCAGGGCACACGCCGUUACACAUCGCCGGGCGGGAAGGACACAUCCACACCAUUCGCAUUUUGUUAGACGCUGGAGCGCAGCAGACCAAAAUGACCAAGAAAGGCUUCACCCCCCUCCAUGUGGCCUCGAAAUACGGAAAGGUGGAUGUAGCAGAGCUCCUUCUCGAGAGAGGCGCCAAUCCCAAUGCAGCCGGCAAGAACGGUCUGACACCCCUUCACGUGGCCGUUCACCACAACAACCUGGACGUUGUAAAGCUCCUGGUCAGCAAGGGAGGAUCCGCACACAGCACUGCCAGAAACGGUUACACGCCUCUGCAUAUAGCAGCCAAGCAGAACCAGAUGGAAGUAGCCAGUUGCCUGCUGCAGAAUGGGGCGUCUCCCAAUGCCGAGUCCCUGCAAGGCAUCACGCCGCUGCACCUGGCCUCGCAGGAGGGACGGCCCGACAUUGUGGCGCUGCUCAUCUCCAAACAAGCCAAUGUAAAUCUAGGAAACAAGAAUGGAUUGACCCCUCUCCAUCUGGUGGCCCAAGAGGGCCACGUGGGCAUUGCUGACACACUUGUCAAACAGGGAGCGUCUGUUUAUGCUGCUUCAAGGAUGGGCUACACACCCCUCCAUGUGGCCUGUCACUAUGGUAACAUCAAGAUGGUCAAGUUUCUCCUCCAGCAGCAGGCCCACGUGAACAGUAAAACAAGGAUGGGCUACACGCCUUUGCACCAAGCAGCUCAGCAAGGUCACACCGAUAUCGUCACCCUGCUGUUGAAACACGGAGCCCAACCCAAUGAGAUUACAUCGAAUGGGACAUCGCCACUCGGCAUCGCAAAGCGUCUGGGUUACAUCUCCGUCAUCGACGUCCUCAAACUGGUGACUGAGGAGUCCGUCUCCGCGAUCACGACGGAAAAGCAUCGCAUGAGUUUUCCCGAGACGGUGGAUGAGAUUUUGGACGUCUCUGAGGACGAAGGCGACGAGUUGCUUGGAAUGGACGGCGCACGCUAUUUGAAGCUCGAUGACUUCAAGGAUCAAGACGACGAUUUCCUUUCCCCAAAGAAGACACUUCGAGAUUUCGAAGGUGGUGUGGGCACCACGCCCUAUUCUCCUGCCAUUCCCAGGAUCCCUUGUGUGUCGCCAGAAACUGUUCUUCUCGAUCAGCACACCCCCAUCCCGCUGUCAAAGGAAUAUGACGAAGAUUCUCUCAUCCCGAGCAGUCCAGCGACAGAAACCUCAGACAACGUCAGCCCUGUGGCCAGCCCCAUUCAUACUGGCUUCCUAGUGAGCUUCAUGGUAGACGCCCGCGGAGGCUCCAUGCGAGGAAGCAGACAUCACGGCCUGCGAGUGAUCAUCCCUCCUCGGACCUGCGCCGCGCCGACCCGCAUCACCUGCCGCCUGGUCAAACCCCAGAAGCUGACCACGCCCCCUCCUCUGGUGGAGGGCGAGGGGCUCGCCAGCCGUAUAAUCUCCCUGGGCCCGUCCAGCAUGCAGUUCCUUGGGCCAGUUAUAGUGGAGAUCCCGCACUUCGCCUCACUGGCCCGCGGGGACCGCGAGCUUGUGGUCCUGCGUAGUGAGAACGGCUCGGUCUGGAAAGAACACCGGAAUCGCUACGGCGACGAAGUGCUGGAAACGAUUCUCAAUGGAAUGGAUGAAGACUUGGAAAGUCAAGAGGAGUUGGAAAAGAAGAGAAUCCGUCGGAUCAUCUCGACGGACUUCCCGCUGUACUUUGCCGUGGUCUCCCGCAUUCAGCAAGAGAGCGAUCUGAUUGGUCCCGAGGGUGGCCGUCUGAGCAGUAAGCUGGUGCCCCACGUCGAGGCCAUCUUUCCGGAGACAGCUGUAACCAAAAGAGUGAGACUGGGACUUCAAGCCCAGCCCAUCCCCGACGAGUUGCUGACGCGACAACUCGGCAACCAGGCGACCUUCAGCCCGGUGGUCACCAUCGAGCCACGCCGACGCAAAUUCCACCGGCCAAUCGGCUUGCGCAUCCCGCUUCCACCGUCGUGGCGGGAGAGCCCUCGUGACGCCGGGGAGGGUGACACCACGAGCCUGCGCCUCCUCUGCAGUGUCAUUGGUGGGACAGCACCUGCUCAGUGGGAGGACAUCACUGGGACGACCAAGUUGAUGUAUGCAAACAGUUGUGCCAACUUUACAACCAAUGUCUCUGCAAGAUUUUGGCUUGCAGAUUGCCCCCGCACGGCAGAGGCUGUGACCUUUGCCAACCUUUUGUACCGGGAGCUGAUGGCUGUGCCUUACAUGGCGAAGUUUGUUAUCUUUGCAAAGAUGAACGAGGCACGGGAAGGACGCUUGCGGUGUUACUGCAUGACCGACGACAAGAUGGACAAGACAUUGGAGCUGCACGAAAAUUUCACCGAGGUUGCACGGAGUCGUGACAUAGAGCUGAUGGAGGGCAUGCCACUGCAUUUGGAAUGUUCCGGAAACCUGGUACCGAUCAGGAAAGCCACACAGCAGCCUCGCACCUUCAGCUUCCAGGCCUUCAGAGAUAACCGGCUGCCCGUUUCUGUCAAGGUCAGAGAUAGUAACAAGGAUGCCACAGGGUUUUUGUCCUUCCUAAGAAAGUGCACCAAGUAUGAGGAUGCACAGCAUGUCCUAUGCAACCUUAACAUAGCAAUGCCACCCUGUAUCAAGGUGGUAGGAAGUGAAGAACGAAGGCGAACUUUGACACCUCUCGCCCUGAGGGAGCGCUAUGGUGCUCUGAAUGAGCCUGGUUUGGCCGCAGUGAACGCAAUGGAGCGCACCGAGGUCAAGAUCAACAUAAUAUCAGAGCAGCUGGGCUUAAGCUGGGCAGAGUUGGCGCGAGAGCUUCAAUUUGGCGUGGAUGACAUCAAUAGGAUCCGUGUGGAGAAUCCCAACUCUCUGCUGGACCAGAGCUGCGCCUUGCUCAACCUGUGGGCUGAAAGAGAGGGCAAAAGGGCAAAAAUGGAAAGCCUAUACAUUGCCUUGAAGAACAUCGACCGUGCAGACAUCGUUAGCUCGCUGGUGGGUCAGGCCGGAGCGCUGGCACCCGGCUCUUCAGAGGAGGGCGCUUGCCGGCUGAGCGAUCGUGACGCCGCCUUGCUGUCCCCUAGUGUCAUCAAUGGUUAUGGGCUGGUUCAGGAGGAGCUGCUGUCUCCGGCCUCCAUGCAAUACAGUUUGCCUUCUCCUCUUGGUGCAGAGCCCUACUGGCAGGAAGUGUCCAGUCUGGAGUGCGCCCCCAUCGCCGCCACAGAAGAAGAUACCUUGAUGGAGAUGUCGGACGUCCAGGUGUGGCCGGCGGGGCUCAGCCCCUCCCUGGUUACUGUGGAGGACUCGUCCUUGGACGGCAGCAGUCGAGCGGACGACUCGGAAGGCGCCACGCUUUCCCUUCCCUGCAGUUUGGGCCGCCCGAGCAGUGGAGCGAGCGGGGCGAGCGGCUCCAUCAUGGAGCUGGAGGAGGAAGAGGAGGAGGAUGAGGAAGGGGAGGUUGAGGAGGAGGAGGCGCCACUGGAGCCGGUCAGCGCACUGGCGGAAAGGGACCGGGUCAGAGCCAGUGGCGCCGUUCCCAAGAUUAACUUGAAUGGCCAGCUGGGAGGUCAGAGGUUGGACGGGAAGAGAGGGGAGGCUCCGGCGGUGGGAGGAGCCAAAAGAGGCGGGGCAGGGCUUGGUUCAGUGGAAGGCGUUUGUGUUGUUGCAGGCCAGCAGAUGUACAGCCACCCGGAGAUGUCGCCAUUGAGUCGAGUGGGCGAGCACAAUGGAGACAACCGGUUGGUCGGAAGCGGAGCUUUUCAACCCUACUUAUCCGACAAGGAUUCCCUGCAGGGCUGGGUGGGCUCAGUAUCAUCGGGACGGGACAGCAGCGCGCCAGGGCUGCACGCUGCCCAGGAGGCCCUGCUGACUCCGAGAGAGGAGAAAGAGGACUACGCCGUCGACGAACACGGAAGUGUGCUUAAUCGAAAGGUGGGGGCGGAUGUGAGAAGGGCCGCACAGUCGGUGCAGCGCACCAGUCUUCGGAGGGUUAAACACUGAAACACAACACACACAAGCUGGUCCACGAGGACAAGAAAGCCACUGCCAAAGCUUCCUCCACAAAACCACACCCAGAACACAAACGAAAGUGAACGACGGCACACGUACUAACUACCAAAAUAAAAAACAUGGAAUUGCCCUCCACAUGUGACACAACUCCUGAGGGGAAAAAAAAGGUGUUGAAGACCUCAACUUGUAGUUUUAUAACAUUUGUAAAGUAUCACUACAAUUAAAGCAUGACCUUUUUUUCUACAAAACAAUCCAACCCCCCCACUCCUCAAAAAAAAAAAAAAAAAGCAGCAAAUGUCACUGAACUAAGAUGACAAAAAGUGCUUCCUGUGAACAGUAACUGCAUGAUGACUGCUGGUGCAUGACUUAGACCUUUUGAACUGUCAUCUACAAACUGAAGUGGGCGCAAGCUAGAGGGCAACCCACGCUUGGGUCUUGUGCCCUUUUAAAGACUCCAAUGCCCCCCACAGGUUGGGUCCAGUAACAGUGCAGCCCCUCCCAGCAACCCCCCCCCCCCCAAAAAAAAAGGAGCUAUCCCCCGCACACCCCAAAGAACGGCCUCUGCUGAGCCUACCAAUGCUUCUUUCGGUGGACCCUUUUUUUUUGUUCUGUGCGUGCUUGUCGUUAAUGUGCACUCUCUGCAGCGUGGACGUGUGUCACCGUGCGUGUGUGUGUGUGUGGAUGGGGGGGAGAGGGGGGUCAUCUCUGCUGCAUGCCUUUCAUGCUUCUGACUGGGCAUUGAACCCUGGACCCCGAUUGGCUGAAAGGCCCUGCGAUGUCAGCACUGGAAAGAAAGCGCUUGCUUUUGAGUUUCCCGUCCUUGUGUGCUGGAUUGGCCUCACCGUGUUGUUGUUCUGGUUGUUUAAAAAAAAAAAAAAAAAAAAAACUAAAAAUCCGAAACCUUUAGUUUCUUAAGAGCCGGGACAUUUCUCAGCAUAAUUCUGUCCCCUCUGCUACUCGUUUUUCUACCUUCUUCCUUCAUCCUGGUAGCCGAUGUCAUCCAUCCAAAACCAGUAGCGCUCACUUGAUAUGCAGAUACUCAUCCGCACUUCUUUCCAUCCAAUGUUUCUAACAAUCAAGUUGGCUGCAGGAUGUUGUGAUUUAGUGUUUAAAAAAAAAAAAAAAAAAAGAAAAGUCCAGUACAGUAUUGUGCUACUAUGUGAUUGUGCAGACAGCACUGUGAUUGUCGUCACUCUCACCGACUCCUGACUCGUCACGUGUCGUCACAAACUAAAGCACACGCAGUCAAGACGAUUACGGACCGGUCAGGGUGUCACAGAUCGUGUGAACUUGCCACAGCAAUAAAAUCCAAAUCACGCUUGACGCGCGUCCCUUAGGAGGUUCUGCAGACGUACACAUUGGCUUUUUCCUUUUUUCUUUUUCACCCCCUCCUGGAUAACGCGCCGACCUUGAUAUGAGUGAAUCGGCGAGGAAACGCUUACGCAGGAGCGGACCAGUGUGAUAUCAGUGUGGGACCGCAGAAGCCUGAGAGACUUUUGUGUAUGUGUUUUACAACAGUCAUAGGAUAUCAAGCAGUGGUAUGUUGCGAUAUACAAGAUCAUGAAUAUAAAUCAUUUAUGAUGGCCAGAGAUGGAGUCAGAGGCCGACCAUUUUCCUUUGAAGUAGCAAUUUGGGGGACUAAUUCUGUGUAAAAAGCUCCUGGAAAGUUUGACAAAAUGAAAAAAAUUGCUCUAGGGACCCAUGCCUGAAAUCAAACAGCUGGUUGAUCUUUUGAUUUUGUAAGAUAAGGGCCUACAAAAAAAAAUUCAAUUAAAAUAGAAAUUGUGCUCCCGCGGCAUAACCGAGUGACAUGAAAUUUGGUGGAAAUAUCUAUCUGUAGGACCAAUGCCGGAAAUUUACGGAAGUGUAUUAUUGCCGCACCAAAAAAAAAAAAAAGUUCACAUUUCACAUUAGAAUGUGAAUUAUGUCACAUUCUAAUGUGAAACGUUUCACGUUAUAACAUAGAUUCGUUUCACAUAAUAAUGUAGAUUCGUUUCACAUAAUAACGUAGAAAAUAAUAAAUAAAUGUCACCCCCCCCUCUUUACCCCACCCCCUAAAAGACAAUUACUUCCGGUUCAGGUGGGUAGUAGGUAGCAAUACGCUUCCGUGAAAUAGAACUUAAUCAAAACUUUUAAAUGAGCCAAGCUAUCCAUCCUGCAGAAACGCCGUUUCGAAGCAAUAACUUCCGGUUCAGGUCACUGGCAGAAGAAUUCGGCGAAGCCCGGUGAACGUGAAUCUUCUUUUUCAAUCUUAAAUCAGUUUUUAGUAAAGAUGAAGGACUGUUAUUAAAGGUCUGGGUAGAUAUACAGGAAUGUAUAUGUCUGAUAUAUAACUCUAAAAGGUCUCCACCCACCCGAACCGGAAGUAAUUGUCUUUUGGGGGGUCGGGGUGAAGAGGUGUGAAGUGAAUUUAUUUCUUAAUUCCUACGUUAUUAUGUCAACCGAAUCUACGUUGUGUGAAAUGAAUCUACAUUAUAUCGUGAAACGAUUCACAUUAUAAUGUGAAACGUGACCUUUUUUUUUUUGGUGUGGCAGUGAUACGCUUCCACAGAAAUUGAACUGGAAGUUAUCCUAUUUUUUAUUUUUAUUUUUUUAUUAACAGCCAUUGGGUAAACACCAGAGCUCAUACUUUAUGACCAACUCUUCCAAGGGCAUUGGUGCAAUUGAGCAACAAUUGGAAGCAGGUAUCCUAAACAGAUGGAUGAUGCAAAAUGGGGAAGCCUUUUUGGUUUUUGGUGUUGUUGGAGCAUGGUGUCAAAGUUUGAUGAGCAUGGGGCCCAAUCAUUGCUACUUUCUACUUUAAUUUAUUUCUUUUUAGAAUCGCACGGUGGAUCAUAUCAAAUGCUGUUUGGAAACGUAUUCUCCUCGCAGAAUACUUUUUUUUUUUUUUAAUAUAUGCAGAAAGCUGAUGUUGUCAUA